AUGGAAGGUGAAGAAUUUUCUCAGGAACAAAUCAUUCCAUUAGAAUAUGGACCACUUGCACUCCCAUUUGAAACAUUACAGAUUACAUUUCCUCAGUUAGUUGAAAAAACUCAAAGGGAAAUCAAUGAAAAAUUCGAAAAAAUGCUUCAUAUGCCAGAUCAACGACUUCAAAUAUCAAGUUUCAAUCUUGAACAAGAAAUACCUUUUGACUUGGAAGAAGAUUAUCAAAUAUUUACUCACAUAAUGAAUUCGGAUGAAUCUUUUGACGAUUUUAUGAAAAGAUCAUUAAAUAUAUUCAAGCCUAUACGCAGUAAAAAGUCAAUCCUUGAUAGAAUUGAAUACAUUAAAAGCAGUGAUAAUACAGAAUUACUUAAUAAUUACACUAAUCAACUUGUUCUCGAGAAGAUCUUUUACUUAUCAGCCACAACAGACGGCAAACAAAUUUAUGACUUGAACAAGGCCAGGUUGCAGCAAUCAGACUUAGAUCAGUGCAGAUGCGCUGUUGAUAUUACUCCAAGAGGUCCAGUUUCACAAGAAGCUUCUGGAAUAAUCGAACAAUACCAUCCUCAUAUUGGAUUAUUGGGCCAGCCUAAGUUUGGUCCAACAGAUCUUGCAAUGUUACGUGGAGAAGAUAUUUAUUUCUUAAUUCGAAACGCUGCCGUUGUUUUAGGAAGAGGAACAGAAAAGGAACCAGUAGAUAUUGAUUUAAUGUAUGGAAUGGACCGCAGAUGCACACAUAUUUCAAGAUAUCAAGCAAUUAUUUCUCUUUUACCAGAUUUCUGUUUUUAUAUAGAAAAUAUUGGACAGAGAGCGUUCAGAGUUAAUGGAGUAAUAAUUCCUCCAUCAGCUGUCGCAAGAUUACCAGAAGGAGCAUUAUUAGAUUUCAGCGGAGCUCUUUAUAUAUUUAUUCCUAAUAAUGAGCUUAUUGCUAAGCUUAAAAAUUAA